AUGGUAGUCCAGAAGAAAGAAAGCGUGUUCAACACACUCAACGAAUGUGAAGUGGAAGAUAUUACUUUAGAGUUUUUCUACAAACCUCAUACCAUAACUCUAUUAAUAUUGUCAAUCAUUGGUGUGAUUCUUAUGUCCUUUAUUCGAGAUGACAAAUCGAUUGAUAGCAAUAUUUGUGCUGGAAUCUGGUGCGUUAUAUUUUUUUUGAUUCUUGUAUCUCUAUUGGCAUUCCCAAAUGGCCCAUUUGUGAGACCUCACCCAGCAGUCUGGCGAAUGGUAUUUGGACUAAGUGUUCUAUACUCGUUAACAUUGCUAUUUUUAUUAUUUCAAAAAUAUGAAACUAUUAAAGGAAUGAUAUUAUGGCUUGAUCCUAAUCUAAAAGAUUUCCGAAUUGAUAUGGAUAAAGAGUAUGGUGUUAACUGUUCAGAUAUCUCUGUAGAGAAGUUUUGGGCGCAUUUGGAUGUAUUUGCUGCCGGUCACUUUUUUGGAUGGGUAUCAAAAGCAAUACUAGUGAGGCAUUAUGGAAUAUUGUGGUCAAUGAGUAUGAUGUGGGAAUUCACUGAAGUAAUGUUUUCUCAUUUAUUGCCUAAUUUUAAAGAAUGUUGGUGGGAUGCAUGGAUUUUAGAUGUCCUGCUUUGCAAUGGAUUUGGUAUAUGGGUCGGAAUGAAAAUUUGCAAAAUGUUGGAAAUGAGAGACUAUAACUGGCCUGGUAUUAAAGAUAUUGACACAACUAAAGGUAAAAUCAAGCGAGCUGCACUACAGUUUACACCAGCUAGUUGGACACCAGUUCGGUGGCUAGAUCCAAAUUCAUCAUAUAUGCGCUUUUUUUCUGUGUGCCAAAUGGUAAUUAUGUGGCAAGUAUCUGAACUGAAUACAUUCUUCUUGAAGCACAUAUUUGAAAUGCCACCAUCACAUCCACUAGUUGUUGGCAGGCUUUUCUUUUUGAGUAUCGUAGUUGCCCCAUCUACUCGACAAUAUUACACAUAUGUGACAGAUCCUAAUUGUAAAAGACUUGGGACACAGUGUUGGGUCUAUGCAGUCAUAAUGGUCACAGAGUCGCUAUUGUGUAUAAAGAAUGGAAAAGAACUCUUUCAGCAGACAGAAAUUUUUAACAUAUCAGUAUGGUUGAUGAUCAUGCUAUUUUUCUCCGUUGUGAGCGUUUUGGGUUUUUGGCAGGCUGAUUGGUUGACGGGAAAAAAAUUUGAUGCAGAUGUUGUUCCAAACUCUAUUUCAAAUGAUAGCAAUGUUGAAGAAGACUACAAAACUAGCAAAAGCAAAACACUUUAA